AUGAAGUUUUCUAGAUUUCUGAACAUCCUCAUGCUGUUUGGCCUGUUUGCAAAUAUCCAAGGACCUGGCCUGACUGACUUUCUGUUUCCCAGGAGAUGCCCCCGAUUCAGAGAGUACUGCGAACUCAGAGAAAGGGACCUGUGCUCCAGGGACAGGGAUUGCCAGAGGAAAGAGAAGUGCUGUUUCUUCAACUGCGGAAAGAAAUGUUUAGACCCCAAACAAGAUAUAUGCAGCCUGCCGAAGGACUCUGGCUACUGUUUGGCUUAUUUCCCUCGCUGGUUUUAUAAUAAAGAAAACAGCACGUGCCAACUCUUCAUAUACGGCGGCUGCCAGGGAAACAACAACAACUUCCAAUCCCAAAGUCUAUGCCAGAGAGUCUGCCAGAAGAAAAAAACAUGCCCCAGAGUUAGAAUGAAGUGCGAAAUUGAGGAAAGAAACGAAUGCACAAGGCACAGACACUGUCCCAACAAGAAGAGAUGCUGCCUGUUCAGCUGUGGCAAGAAGUGCUUAGACCUCAAACAAGGUACCUCUCUGACCCCUGAGCUGCCCCCGUCCUCCUGCUUUCAUGUUUCCCCACCCAUUCAUGAGGGCGGGUGUUCACUGAGACCCCGUGGCAUCGUCUACCUGAUGCGGAUCUUAUGGUGGCCAUUCCUGGCAGAGAGGAAAGAGAUGGCCAUCCUUGCCAUUUAUGAGGUCAAGUCAUCAAGCAGUCAUGGUUCAGAUGCUGGGGAGAGACAAUGGUGGCGUCUGCUCCUGGGAUGGUCCUGUCCCGACCAGCAAGGUGGUUCUUUGUGUUGUCAUCCUGCAGCUGAGAAAAAGAAGAACAAAGAGGCUGAAGUGACUGGUCAGAUUCCCACGGAACUGGAAGCACAGCUCUGA